CCUGCACCUGCAGCCCUGAGCCCGCGCCGGGGCUCUCUCCCGGGUCAUGGUUCCGCUUUGGACCCUGCUGGCCCUCAGCUGCCUGCGACGUGGUUCGGGUGUUGACCUCCAGCCCCAACUGGCCAGCGUGAACCUGGCCACCAACAACCCCACGCUCACCACGGUGGCCCUGGAGAAGCCGCUGUGCGUGUUUGACGGUGCCGCCCCGCUGCCCGGCACCUAUGAGGUUUUCCUGUACGUCCUGGUGGACUCGGAGCGCACCUGGAACGCAUCGGUGCAGGACGGCCACGGGGCCCCGCUGAGUGCCUCGUUCCAGCAGACGGAGGGCGGCCAGAGGGGCCCCUACAAGGCCUCAGCCUUCGCCCUGGUGCCCUGCGGAGACCUGCCCAGCGUGGACGCCGUCAGGGACACGUCCCGGGUCUCGGACAUCCUAAGCACGUACUUCGUCCGGGUGGGCGACGACGGGACCUGCCUGUCCGACCCCAACUUCCAGGGCCUCUGCAACCCGCCCCUGGCAGGGGACACAAAGUACAGGUUCAAGUACGUCCUCGUCAACACGUCCAGCGGGCUGGUGCAGGAGCAGACGCUGUGGUCAAACCCCAUCCGCACAGGCCGGCCCACCCCCUACGCAGCCAUCGACACGUGGCCGGGCCGGCGCAGCGGGGGCAUGAUCGUCAUCACGUCCAUCCUGGGCUCCCUGCCCUUCUUCCUGCUGGUGGCCUUCACGGGGGCCGUCAUCUUCAGCCUCAUCGACAUGGGCGGCUUUGACGGGGAAACAACACACGACUCCCAGAUCACGCAGGGGACGGCGGCCCCCAAGUCCCUGGGGGCUGCGGAGCGCCCAUACCCGUCGUCAGCAAGCCGAGGGCCAGCCCUGGACCGGCCCGAGGUGUACGCCAGCAAGCUUCAGGACUGA